GAUUUUAUGAGGUGGGGGUUCCAUUUUUGGCUUCUUAGAGGUGGGAUUUGGUUACCCUUUAUUGCCUUGUUUGGUUGGUUCUUGAAUUGUUUGUUGAGUUUACAGUGUCAAGUUUCUUACUUUUAUGGGAUUUUAUGUGGGGUUUCCAUUUUUUUUGCUUCUUGGAAGUGGAAUUUGGUUAGUUUUUAGGCACUGUUUGGUUGGUUCUUGAAUUGUUUGGUUGAAUUUUACAGUGUCAAGGUUCUUGAUUUUGGAAAUUGUCAUUCAUUUUCUUACUUUUUAGGAUUUUAUGCUGUGGGGUGUGUUUCUUUUUCAUCAUAUUCAUGUGCUUUCUCAUUUGUAACCAACUUUACAUUCCAAAGUGAGCAUUUUGAAUUCUUGAGUCAUAAUUGAUUUGUAUCAAAAGCACAAAUUUUGCCACCAAUCAGCACUCAAAACCCCCCAAGGACAAAAGAUAUUUCGGAUAAAUGGAGUCUGAAAAUGGGGUUCCAGUUGAAGAGGAAAAGAUUGUUGUGACCGAAAAGAAUUUGGAUAUGAGUAAGGAGGAGGAGAAUGUGAGUGAAACAAAAGCCAAUGCAAAUGAGGAGAAGGUUAAUGAAGAACUUAAUGUAUCUGUAGUCAAAACUGAGCUGCCUCGAAAUGCUCCGAAGAGCAAAGGGUCAAGUCAAAAAAAGCUUGCUGCUAAUGGAACUUCAAAGAAUAAUAAGAUGGCGAAAGAUCAGGCUAGUUUAAGAGGCAUAGCUGCAUUGGCUCGUUCGAAUAAGGCGAGUCAAUCACAAAGCCUGUCGUUCCCGGCACGAGGUGUUAGUUCUGAUGUAAUGAGGAAGAGCAUUGAUGUGUAUCCGAAGAAAUCGGAUGGCAAGGAAGUGAAGACAAAUGGGGUUAAGAAUGAGACUUCACUUUCGAAGGGAUCAUCGGCUUCUAGUAGUAGGGGUGUAUUUGGUGGAGUCUUGAAGAACGCAAACGCAAAUGGAGGUGUUGCAACCAGCAGAAGAACAACCAUUGCAGUUGUCCCGAGUCUCCGUCAGUCUAUGUCGGGGAAGCCUCUUUCAGCCAAUGGAACUGUAAAGAAAGCUACAUCUGAAGUAUCGAAUGACGAAAACAAGAAACCUACUAAAGCUGCAUUGCCUAUUAAAGAGGAGGAGGAUGCUCGUUCUACUACUUCCUCGAGUACCACUCCUCGUGGGCAACGAAGGGCCAGUAUUGCUGGAUUUUCCUUCAGGUUGGAAGAACGUGCCGAAAAGCGGAAGGAGUUCUUGGCGAAGAUAGAAGAGAAGAUACAGGCAAAGGAAGAGGAAAAGAACAACUUGCAAGCAAAAUCGAAGGAAAACCAAGAGGCGGAGAUAAAGCAAUUGCGGAAGAGCUUGACAUUUAAAGCAACACCAAUGCCAAACUUCUACAAGGAACCCCCUCCAAAAGCUGAACUCAGGAAGAUACCGACAACCCGUGCUGUAUCUCCUAAGCUUGGAAGAAACAAAAACUCCACAUCUACAACCAACAGCUCUGAAAGUGGAGGUUCGUCUUUCAGUCCAAGAGUUGUCAAAGAACAGGUAAAGUCACCCCGAGCUUUGCUGUCAGCUAGCGAUAAAGUUACCGGUGUUUCAAAAGGAGGGAAGCCUGUUGACACCAAGAGGCCAAUGAAAAGUUCCUCAACUACUAAAGUUAAAGGGAAAGCUGUCGUAACAAAACCAAAAACCGCUGCAGUGAAGGGGUCGGAUGAGAACAUUUGUGAAGAGAAAACACAAGAAAUGCAGGUCAAAACUGACUAUGCCCAAGAAAAGUCCGAGAUGAAUCCACCAGCAGUCGACAAUGCACAGCAAUCGCCAAACAUUGUUGUUAUGCCAUCAGCUCAAGUCACUGUUGAAGGUUAAUGAAGUUCUAAAACGCGCUGCAUUCAUAUCUAUAUUAUAGGUUUCUCUUUUUGAGGUCUCUGAAAAAUUAUGCUUCAUUUAGUUGUGAAUACAUUGUUGUAUGUUUGUGUUUACAAGUUAUAUGUAUAUGUUUGUUCAAAUUCAUUCGA